UUAAAUUUUAGCGAUUCGUCUCCAGAAAUUACAAAACCAACAGCGAUAAAUUCGCUUGAAGCAACUUCCGCUGUUGCCUUCCCGCCCGAUCCUCGAAUUGUUCAUCCAGGACUUCCCACUCCUAGCGGCUAUUCGCUGAGAACAGAACCGACUAACAUGUUUCUUCUUCCUACUUUCAUUCAACCAUUGCCCGGUGCAGCACUCGGUGACAGUUGUCCUGGAUCAGCUCCCGACUCCUUUUUGCCACAUUAUUCAUGGCCAGCAACGUCGCAACCCAUUUACUUGUUUAUUGCUUUAUUUAUUCGCGCAUCAGUUUCAGCUGACCCAAAGAGCUUGGCAGCAAUGGGAUUAACAAAAUGUCUGCUCCGGAAGCAUAAAAACAACCGCAAACCGAGGACGCCGUUUAGUACGCAUCAACUGCUAUCACUGGAGCAAAAGUUUCAGCAAAAGCAAUAUUUGUCAAUUGCUGAACGAGCCGAAUUCAGUGCAUCCUUAAAGCUUACCGAAACGCAAGUGAAAAUAUGGUUCCAGGUUAGCUCUAAUCAAUUCUUUUACUCUAGCACUAAAAGCAUGCCUCAGCUGUUAUUUAUUGCUAUUAGUAAGAAUUAUCGUGUGUGCGUGUGUACACGGCCAUUCUCAAGAAGUAGUUGA